CGGCGGAGGGGGCGGAGACCGCAGCGCAGGAGGGGGUGGGGGCGGUGGCAGAGGAGGCGGCGGCGGCUGCGGCGGCAGCAGAGCUCGCGGGAGAGACCGAGCAGGCCGCGGCAGAGGAGCAGGCCGCGGCAGAGGAGCAGGCCGCGGCAGAGGAGGCGGCGGCAGAGGAGGUGGCGGCGGCAGAGGAGGCGGCGGCGGCCGAGGCGGCGGCAGCGGCCGAGGCGGCGGCAGCGCAGCAGCAGACGGCGGAGGCGGAGCGGGCGGCGGCAGCGGCAGCGGCGGCGGCAGCGGCAGCAGCGGCGGCGGUGGUGGCGUGGAGGCACCGCCCCCCGAGUCUCCCCGCCGUCUGGGCAAACAGCCAAUGGCGGCGGCCGAGCGAGCGGCGCCGGCCGCUCCUGCAGAGCCGAAGCCGCCUCCCGGGCUGGGCAAGGCGGUCCAGGUCUUUGCCAAGCUGCUGUCCGGCGAUUCGUUUACGCUCAAUUGCCCGCUGGACGCGAGGGUCGACUUUGUGAAACGGCUGGUCGAGUGGAAGGCAACAAUAAACGGGCGAGACCUCCCCGCCGGCUGCCAGCGGCUGAUCUUUGCGGGCAAGAACCUGGAGGACCACCAUACGCUGGAGGGCAACAGGCUGGCCAAGGAGAGCACGCUGCACGUGGUUGACACGCGGGGUUUCGCGACGACGAUGGAGGAGAAGGAGACGUUCGACGGCACCGACGGCUUCAUUGUCACGAGCAAGCUCGACGUCGCCCCCGCGCAGCGGUGGCUGCUCGACAACCAAGAUGCGCUCUCGCGCAGCGCAGACCCCUGGUUUGCAAACCAGCUCAAGUACUUCCUCGAGCGCGACGGCAGCAGCCCCUUCUCCGAGGUGAUCGCCGACCACUGGCAUCGCGGCCUUGGCGGCACGCAGCACAACGACCCGACCAAAUGGCCGGACGUGCCGGAGCCGAUCCGAGACCUCGACGCGCAGCUGCGCAAGAAGCUGAUCGAGCCGGGCGAGCAACCGCUGCCGCUGCUUGGUGAUCGCGAGACGGGCGACUUUGUGCUGGGCUACGCGCAGCUGACGCUGAUGCCGGUCAACACGAGCAAGAGGGAGGCGGGCGUCGGCGCGCACUCCGACAAACCCGCGUACGGCGACGUGAUCAUCACCGUCGGCAUCGCCGGGCAGGCGGAGGUGGUUCUGACGAAAGAGGCGAAGAGCACCAUCGGCAGCUCAACGGUUGUGCCGAUCCUCCGGCGGAGGACCAUCAAGGCCGCCAUGGCGUACUGCCUGUACGGGCAGUCGAGGUGGAAGGUGAAGCACGACGUGCUCGUGAGCGACAGCGUCCCACCGCUGGACGGCCUCGUGAUGAUGGACCAGCAGAAGAAGGCUGGCUACACCGUCCCCGUCGCACGCGUCGCCGUCACGCUGCGCUACUUCCGCCGCUCAUGGUGCGAGCUGCUGCGCAAGGCGCGGCAGCCUUCGCCGCCACUUGCGCCGCCGCCGCCCGCCGUUGAAGCGGGCGACAUCGUCGACGUCUUCUCGUUCAGCCCGGGCGGCAUCCCCGAGAACCGGAGAGAGUACCCAUACACCUACCCCGCCAUCGUGGCGUUCGUCGACGCGCACGCGCAGCACCUGUGGGUCAACAUGGUCUCCGACGGGCUGGUGCGAGACAGCGAGAACGAGGCGUCGGUGCUCGCAAAGGUGCCGUUCUGUUCCGCGACGCCGUCGAGCCCGACCAUCAAGCUGCGCUGCCACAAGAUCCCGGCGACGCGACGCAGCGUCCACGCGACCCCUCCCGUCGCCCUCCCCCGACCUUUCCCGGACCUCUCCACAGGCCACGCAGCGCAUCAUCAACGUGAACCGCCUGCUGGUCUGGCUGACCGGAUUUGCCAAGGAGCAGGAGCUGUACGCGGAGCAAGCACAGCGCGAUUUCGGCUUCGAGGUGCGCCACACGUUUGGGCGGCUCAAGGCGCUACACUGGCCCGUCAACGCGCCGACGUCCUGCCGCGCCUUCAACAUGUCGUACGACGAGCUGUUCAACGAGCUCGCCCAGGAAACGGGGGACGAGAUGAGCGGGCAGAACCGCAUAGCGAGGCUGCUGAACCCAGCUAGCUGAGAGUGACGUUGACUCAGACUCUUCUGAUUGGGUCGCGCCGUAUGUCUUUUGUGAGAUGCUUGUACUGUA